AUGCCUCGAGCAGACAGGAAGAAUACCCGGCGGCGGACUGGAUGCUUCAGGUGCAAGGAGAAACACAUCCAAUGUACCGAGGAGUACCCACGCUGCCACCGCUGCGAGUCGCUGAACCUCCAGUGCGUGCGUGGUCUCCGGCUCACGUUUAGAGAAGAUGCCAUCCAGCGCGGACUGAGCUUUGGGCGUGAGGGGGUCUGGACGAGACGACCGCUUCGCGCACAGAAACAGACACAGAAAGCCCUCUUCGAGGCAGUAUCACUGCAACCAUAUCUCAACCGCUGGGUCUUCCUCAACGUCACGACCAGUGACUUUGAUCCGAACAGCACAGAAUGCUUGGCCCUUCCAUCUGAUGCACUUGAGCUUGUUGCUCCCUCUCCCCUGCCUUCUACAUACCACCCACUUCACGCAUUACCAGAAACGGACAGCUAUCUCCUGGAUUACUUCAUCAGAGGAAUCAGCCCAUCCUGUUCCCUGAGCACAUCACAUAAUCCCUACGUCUCUCUAGUUAUUCCGCUCUGUUUCAUCUCCGACACGCUUCGACACGCUCUCCUAGCUGUCGCCGCGAACCAGCUUUGCCUGUUAGGGUGCAACCAGUUCAGACAGAAGGCGUGCCAGCAUAAGGAUAAUGCCUUGCGCGGUCUUCGACGUGAGAUCUCUACUGGUCUGCAGGAUGAAGGAACCGUGGCCACAGUGCUUAUGCUUUGUUUCCAGGACAUAUCAGACGGAUGCUCACCUUCAUGGAUAACGCAUCUACGCGGUGGCCUGCAUCUCAUAAAGUACAAGGGCAGUCCAAGUUCACCGAGUCUCUGGAACUUUUUCCGCAUGUACUUUGUGGCGCACGACAUCAUGAGUCGUACGGCUUCUGAUGACUGGGAUAACAAAUGGCAUGGCGACGACUCAGCCCAGCUGUGGUCGGAACAUGAUGAUCUGGAAGAGAUCGAUGUGCUAAUGGGCUGCUCACGCAGUCUCAUGACCCUGAUCCAUAAGACCUCUGUCCUCGCAGCUACAAGAGCCAAGAUUCUCAAAAACCGUCCUCUAACGCCAUCCGAGGUUGAAGACCACGCAAGGAUCACAGUCAACCUUCAUGACUCUCUUUUCACCCUGAACCAAAGACUCCCUUCCCACUCUGGCGAUCGAACAGACCUCGAAGCCAUCGCACAUAUUAAACGCCUGGCUGCCAUUCUCUACCUAACUGAACGCCUCGGUCCGGUCAAGGAGGCUCAAGCGAUCCUCGGCGGAAACAACCACAGCGACAGCUAUCGAUCAAGUCCUGGUGGAACCCAAACUUACUCUAAACAUCACCUCAUCACUUCUAUAAUCUCAUCCAUGUCUUCCCUCUCAAACACCAACACCGCAACUCUCCUCUGGCCCCUUUUCGUCUUGGGAAAUGCCGGUCUAGAGAACGAGGAGCACCGCCGCUUUGUCCUGGAUAUGCUGCUCGGGAUCCAGAGAGCUAGGAAUUUGGGUAGCGUGCGUCGGACGAUCGAGGCUGUGAAGCAUGCAUUUGGUACAAAGGGGCUAGGGUUAGUUGUGCAUGGUGCCAACAAGAUGCUGGCGCAGGGGACUCAGACUGAGUGGGGUAACGCAAGGUUCCGGUUUAUCAGUCUGGCAUAA